AUGAGGAAAUUCAGCUUAAUAACAGUUUUACUUCUCUGCAGCCACAGCUGGAUCUGUGAGUCUCAGACUGUGGAGGUCCAGCAGGGUGAAGAUGCCACUCUGCUGUGCUCCAACAUUUCUACAUCUCCAACCCAGACGGACUGGUUCAGAGUGGUGAACAGAACCAAACCCAGCUGUAUCUCUGCCAUGUAUGGAGCUGAAGGUGAAGCUUCACUCUGUGAUGGAUUAAAAGAUGGAAAAUUUGAGAUGAGCUCCAACAUGUCCACUGUCUUUCUGAGGAUUAAACAAGUGGAUUUCUCUGAUUCUGGUCUGUAUUUCUGUGGAUUCUACAUGAAGGGACAUACAGUCAUUGUCAGUGCAGCAGAGUUAAUGGUUCAAGGUGAAAAUAAAUCCAUUGAUGGAGCCAAUUUGAACUCAGAAAAAGCUGAUGGAUCUACAGACCUGAUGAAGGUGAUCCUGGGUGCUCUGACUGGUUUCUUCACAGUCGUUCUGGUCGUCAGUGUCUGGAAACUUCAGAAAGCUGCGAAUGAGGAGGCGCAGCCAGGAAGAAGUGAGGACUCCAGCUUCCUCCUGGAGGAAGACUCUCACUCUAAAUUCUCCCAGUUUGUCUCUGUGUGGGUCCUGCGAUGGACCGGUGACCUGUCCUGGGUGUACUCUUCCAGCAACCCUGAACUGGAUUAUGUGGUUUAG